AUUGACACCCAAGAUAACCAAUCUAGGAGCAGGGUAGCGUGAAGCAGCCGAAGGAAGGGCCAUACAGAGGAUCUCGACCCAGCAUCGUGAUCCUUGCUAACUUGCUGCCCCUUCGCCACAAGCAUCUGCUUCCCCUCCCUCUCCUCAGCCAUAGCUCUUUUACUUGGGCAGCUUGCUUGUCUCUCUCUCCGUCUGGCUGUGCUGUUGGCAUUGGUAGCAGCUGAAGGAGGACGGCUCCAUUCCCCUCGACUGCAGUGUGUCCCUACCUCGUUCUGCACGCCCAAGGCACGGUCUUGAGCCAUAGCCGUCGUUAGGUUAACCAAGGCGACAGCUUUGUGCGUUGAGCCUUGAGCAUCGAGCUUGAGAAUGGCGCAGUCUUUGUUUGUGGUGGGAAACUGCAGUGCCGCCAUAGCCGCAGCUUCUGCGCACAUCUGUGCCGCGUCACGGACCUGCGCUGCAGAUCGCGUGAACUCCCUCCCUUCCCUUUCCCUUGGCGCUUCUAAAUUUGCCGCCGGAGGAUUGACCUACCGGUCGCCGUCCCUGGUUUUCCUGCGCAAUGCCUGCAAUGCCUCGGUCGCCCACUCCUCCCGAGCUUUCGAGAGUUCCACCGUCCGGGCUGCAAAG